UCUGCCUGUUUGCGCCUCUUCGGCCCCCCCCCCGCCUUCUCGGUUCUCUGUUUCUCACUUCUCUUUUCUAUGGGGAAACCAAAGCACUACCGUCCUCCGGGAAAGAAAAAGGAAGGUAAUGCUGCGAGAUAUGUGACGAGGUCACAAGCUAUUAAGAUCCUUCAAGUUAGCCUAUCGGAUUUCAGGAAGUUAUGCAUUCACAAAGGAGUCUUCCCGAGGGAGCCAAAGAAGAAGGUGAAAGGAAACCAUCAUACUUACUAUCACUUGAAGGAUGUCAUGUACAUUCUUCAUGAUCCGUUACUGGAGAAGCAUAGAGAAAUAAGGGCAUAUAAAAAGAAGAUAAAGAAAGCUAAGGCCAAAAAGAAUGAUGAGCUAGCAAAGCUUCUUAUAUCUCGUGCACCUUCUUACAAGCUUGACAUGGUCAUCCGUGAUAGGUAUCCCACGUUUAUUGAUGCACUUAGAGAUUUGGAUGAUCCUCUUACAAUGGUGCACCUGUUUGCAAUGUUGCCUGCCAUUGAUAGACUUAAAAUUGAAGUGAAGCGCAUUCAUAAUUGUCGAAGGUUGUGUCAUGAAUGGCAAGCAUACAUUUCUCGUACCCAUAAAUUACGGAAGGUUUUUGUGGCUGUAAAGGGUAUAUAUUACCAGGCUGAGGUUGAUGGUCAAAAAAUCACAUGGUUAGCGCCGCAUGCACGUCAACAAGUAUUGACUGAUGAUAUUGACUUCAAUGUCAUGUUAACAUUUUUGGAGUUUUAUGAGACACUUCUUGGCUUUGUCAUUUUUCAACUUUAUCAUUCCAUAAAUGUGAAGUAUCCUCCUAUUCUGGAUCCUCGGUUGGAAGCUCUUGCUGCAGAUCUCUAUGCAUUAUCAAGGUAUUUUGAUGCUAACUACAGAACUUCUGUUCAAGAACUUCAAUUUGAUGGUUCAUCUAGAUUGGAUCAAGAGCAGGAGGAGUCUAACAUAAGACUUGCACAACUUCAGCAUCAACUGCCUGCCAAUGAACCUGGUGCACUGAUGCACCUUGUUCAAGAUGCAUCUGGUGAAAUUGAAGAAGAUGAAGCUACCAGGGACUGUAAAAAUCUUUUUCGAAACAAGAAGUUUUUCUUGAGUCGUGAGGUUCCGAGAGAGUCCUUGCUUUUCGUCAUUCCUGCUUUUGGAGGUAUUGUUUCUUGGGAAGGAGAUGGAGCCCCGUUUUCUGAAAAUGAUGAUAGCAUUACUCAUCAGAUUGUGGACAGACCUACACAAGGACAUGUAUACCUUUCAAGAGAAUAUGUUCAACCACAGUGGGUUUUUGACUGUGUAAAUGCACGGGUCAUCUUGCCAACUGAACCAUAUAUGGUUGGGAGGGACCCUCCACCACAUCUUUCGCCUUUUGUCGAUGAUGAGGCUGAAGGUUAUGUUCCUGAUUAUGCGAAGACCAUUAAACAGCUACAGGCUUCUGUGAAAAGUGAUGUUAAACCUUUGCCUGGUAUGGGAAAUGAUGACUUGGAUAGCUCUAAAAUUUUGCUGGCUGAAGGAUUUAUCAAUAGAACAGAGGCUAUGGAAGCUGCUGAGAAGAAACGACAGAUGAUGCUUCUAGAGAAGCAGUAUCAUGAUGAAUUGAAAAGGGAACUUCAAGGUGUCUCAAGUAUAAAUAAGCAGAACUCCGAGAACACCGAGUCUAAGGAACAAUCCCUUCCUGAUGUAGAACCAAAUCCCGAGGAUCCGUCGGGACUCAUGAUGUCACGUAGAAAGAGGGGGCUUGCUAAAGCCAUCGAGAUUGGCAAGCAGCGGAAGAAGGAUCAUGUUGAGAAACUCAAGGAGCGGAAGAGGAAUAUUGAAGCAGCUCAGAAAUCAGAGAAGAAGCAUAAAAAAACUCAACUUUCUUGAGUAUUUUUCAAUCUGUAAUAUUGCUUGAUUACAAAGCUAGUU